CAAUUCGACUGCGGCGCAUUCAAGAUUCAGUCUUCGUAUGGAAACGUUCUUUCAUCGCUCUGAAAAUUUAUUACUUACUGUAUAUUUUUAACGAACUGUUUUGAGUGCUACGUUAUUACAAUUGAUAGUGUUCAGUUACUUAUUGAGUGAUUUGAUUUUUAGAUACUCUUGUUAAUAUAAAAUGGGGAUGAUAUCCAGAGUUCGUGGUCGCAUACGUAGUGAUUCAUUCUCGAAGAUUCCCUCAAUGAAAUCGGAAGAUAAGAUUGCAAAUAUUGUAUGGCUUCUCUCCCUGGUCCUGCUGCUGCCGUACUGGGCGCCCCGGGGUCUGCUGGUGGCGCUCGGCGGGGCGUGGCUGAUGGCCGCCUACACCUGUCUCGUGGUCCCUGUGUUGAUAUCUGCGAACUACAAGUACCCUGCGAGGUGGUACCCGGCCGCUGUGAAGCUGUCGCGAGACAUUGCCCGAAAGCUGAGAGGGCCGACAGCACGCGUAGUUAGCGUCCUGAAAGCCGUCUACGCGCCAGUUGAAAAUGCUGAACUGAUUUUCGUGAAAAUGACCAACUUGUCAACGAUGUUGAGCCAGUUACUGCUGUUCACCGCCUGCGACCGCCUCUUCGUGGAGCACAGCAAGCUGACUAGCCUCUACUCCCUGAUGUUCUACAACGUGGUCACAUACUCGGUCAGCUACGUCCGAGAGCUCUGCCUUAAGGAGGACUGGUCUCCCUACGUCAGCCUCACCCGGAACUCGCAAGUGAAGCAUCUCGCCAUGUCUGCCACCAAGAUUGUACUUGAAUGGACCAAAGCUGUUACCUUCAUCGUCACAAUCACCUUUGUUCUCCUAGCUCUGGGCCUCGAGCAAGGUUUAGAUAACUACAAGCCAACAGCUCUCUACACUAUCAUUACGGGGAUAUACUACCUGCUUACUGAAAGGACGUUUUUGGAGCUGUGGCCGAUAGCGUUGUCUGCGAUGAAGCUGGAGCGGCUUGAGGGUAUGGAGCCGCUAUACAUUGGGGUGUGGUCUAGAGGGGUGACCACAGCAUUAGCUGUACCUUUAGUGCCAGCGCUAGCGUGGUAUGAGCGUUGGAGGCUGGCGAUUCUGGUGUUUUACGUGUGCGUGUGGAUCCACGGUAGACACCGGCUUGGGGAGGCGUUGGUGAAGAUGAACGAGGCGUGCGGGUCGCUGGCGAGGUUCCGGAGGGCGACGGCGGAGGAGCUGGCCACGGUGGAGGAUGUCUGCGCCGUGUGCCUCGGAGCCAUGAGCUCGGCGAGGGUCACGCCGUGUGCUCAUUUCUUCCACGCGGACUGCCUGCGCCGCUGCCUGGCUACCUCAGACCGGUGUCCCACUUGCGUGCGCCCCUACAUCUUCUGCUGAUAGCGGCCGAUUCGGGAAUCCGAAUAGAUUGUGAUAUUUAUUUAUGGACCAGUAUUGUGUUUGACCUGGGUCAGGUUUUGAUUGAAAUGUCGAUGCAGAUUCAUGUAAAUAGAUUUUAAUUUAGGAUUGUAAGUAAUAUUAUACGCCUACCUAACUUCUUAUGUUAUCGAAAUGCAUUAUAUUAUUAUACCUUUGUAAGUACUUAGUUAGGUUUUUUGUACUUUAGGUAAUUCGUCUAUUAUUUUACCUCUAUUUAUCUAGUCGUUUCUCGUAAUCCAUAAAAUUAUACACAUGAAUUUUAGUAUGUAUUUUGAUAAAAUAUUUAUGGAGGUAUAAACAAACAUACCUACUCAAUUCCUAGAUGAAAACUAUUCUUAACAAUGGGUAGAACUGCAAAAAAUCCAUGUGUAUGAAGUAAGUUGUUCAGAAUGAUGGGUUGUUUGUCCCUAUUUCGGCUUACAAUAACCUUAAUGCGUAGGUACUAAGAUGUCAGAUUCUGCAGUAUCAUUUGUAGUCACAAAUGCACAAUGUACCUAAUUGGCAUGAUACCUAGAUGAAAAGUAUAAUACAUAUAUGUAAUAUGCAUAUACCUACUUGACUUACCUAUGUAUUUGUUGAAACUUUGUCCCUCUGACGCUUCUUAUGACACUGUUUGUUGGCAUCAGUGAUCGCCAAAAUCAUCUUAACAAGAAUACGAUAGAAAUAUUUAAUUUAUUCUUAAAGAACCAAUGUAUAUUGUAUAAUAAAACUGAAAUAAACUAAUUUUGCCAAGCCCCUAA